GUCCCCCAGGUGGUGUCCCAGCAGCCAGCGGGGCAGGCCGCUACCACGGCAACGGCAGCCUCCUGCCCGCCCUGCAGCAGCACCUUCACCACGGUGCAGAUCCCCGCCACCCUCACCAUCCAGGGCUCCGCCCCCCUCGCCCAGCUGGCUGUGAAGGCCCCCGCCGCUGUGGCCACCGCCAGCGCCGCCCCCACCCCCUCCACCACGCAGGCAAAUAUCGAGAAGCAAAGCCUCAAGCCAGAGGCGCAGAGGUUGGUGAAGGCCAUAAGCGCAGUCAGCUCCACCGUCAGCGCGCAGCCCAAGACAGUGGAGGUCGUCAAGGGCAACAGCACGGCCCCCACCAACGGCCUGUCUGUCCCCUCCUCGUCCUUCAUCAAAGUGGGCCCCCCACCAGCCAACAAGAUGUGCCCUCGUUGCGGUGCCCAGUUCAGAGUGGUGAAGUCUCUCCGGGGUCACAUGUGUUUCUGCUGUCCGGAGCUGGGACAGAGCCUGCAAGCCAUGGACACGGCCGGCACCGCCGACACACGCCCCACCCCUGCCACCCCCUCACCCGCCCCCCACAAGAUGGCUGCCCCCAAGAUGUCGAACCCCAAAAUGGUGAUCCCCAAGAUGGCCGCCCCUAAUCAGAUCACCCCCAAACUGGUAAUGAACACAAACAAACCACCGACGGUGGUGGUGGCCACGCCCCUGUCCCCGUUGCCGUCGCCCUCCCAGCCAGCAGAGGGCGCCUCCAGCAGUGAAGGGGACACCCACGGCAAGCUCAUCAUGCUGGUGGACGACUUCUACUACGGGCAGGACAAGGGCACGGGCGGGCUGAACCCCUGGGACGGGGGGCAGCAGGGGCCCAUGCAGUUCCGCUGUCUCAGCUGCAACAAGAAACUCAAGAGCAACAUCAGGUCAGAGGAGCCGCCAUGUUACUGUCAUGUGUGCGGAUUCUGCUCCUCCUUCUACUCCGACGUGUUCGAGCACUUCCGCACCUCGCACAAAGACACCGCCAGCCUGCUGUGCCCCUACUGCCUCAAAGUCUUCAGGAGCAGCAGCAGCUACCAGCAGCAUUACACGCGACACCAGAAGAAGUCUGUGUACCAUUGUGACAAGUGCCGACUGCAGUUCCUCUUCAUCAGGGACAAGCUGGAGCACAAGCUCCACCAUCACAAGACCCACCGCAAGCCCCGGCAGCUGGAGGGUCUGAAGCCUGGGACCAAGGUGACCAUCCGGGCGUACGCGGUCCAAAACAAGCCUGUGGGAAUACUCCACACCAACCACCCGGGGGUGGUGGUAGCUAAAGCCAGCCCCCUGCUCAAAACGGGCGAAAUCCCUGCCACGCCCACCCCUGACCGCAGCGGUGACAAAAAGCAUCCCCCUGCCAAGAGGAAGCCCAUCUGCAGCAUGCAGGAGCUGCUGACCAAGUUCCAGGAGGAACGUGUGCCACUGGGAAAACAGAGCUGCCUGGAGUGCAACUUCGAAAUCCCGGACUUCCCCAACCACUACCCCACCUACGUCACCUGCUCGCUAUGCCACUACAGCACCUGCUGCUCCCGAGCCUACGCCAACCACAUGAUCAACAAUCAUGUCUCUCGAAAAACCAGCACCAAAUACCUGGCCUUGUACAAGGCAGGCCCAAGAUGGUCCCAGUUAACCUGCACGACCUGCGGCUUCACCACCCAGAUGGGGGACCAGAUGGCCAAACACCUCGUCCAGAACCCCAGCCAUUCUUCAAGUCACUGUACUCUGAAAGGUCCUCCAACCACAAGACUGGUACAGAAAUCUCAGAGCCACACCCCAAAACGAGGCAUCGUGAACAAUGGCAGCCACAGCUACUCAAAGGCGAAGGCCCAGAAAUCUCCGAAAACGGUGAUACCCGUCCAGAACUACCCUCCCGUCACCACCCAGAUCCUGCCCCUCCCUGUGCCGGUGUCAGCCCAGAGCUACGCCCCCGAGCUGGAGAAUGUCGUGGCCCCCGUGGCCCCCAAGCGGGUGGGGCCGGCGGGCGGGGACAGGGCGGGGCCGGCGGGCGGGGACAGGGCGGGGCCUGGGAAGGACGCCCUGACGGUGUGGCAGCUGCGCAUCGUGCUCUUCGCACUGUGCUGCGGGGUCCCCCAGGCGGCCCGGCACUUCAGCACCGAGCCCCAGCUCAUCAGGGCCUGGAUCCAGGACAAGGAGCGGGGGGUGCAGCGGGCGGGCAGGGCCAAAGGCGGGGCCGAGGGGGAGGCGGCCGAGCAGCUGGUGGAGUGGGUCCUCGCCCAGAGGGAGCAGCAGCUGCCUGUGAAUGAGAAGAGCCUGUUUGCCCAGGCCUUGGAGCUGCACCGUCAGAGAGGCUCCAGCAGCCUGUCCUACGAGUGGGCCGUGGACUUCCUGCUGCGCCGGCAGCUGGGCCUGCAUGUGACGGCCACGGCGGGGCGCCCGCUGCACAGCGAGGUCGAGCGCAAAGCUCGCUUCUUCACCGAGUUCGUCCAGAAGCGCCUGCAGGCCCACAGCACCCCCCUGGCCGCCGUGGGCGCCAUGGACGAGCUGUCUGUCUUCGCCGACCCUGACCUGCUCCCUGACCGGGAGGCCUUCCAGCUGGUGGGGGUGGGGCCGCCUCUGUGCGACGUCGUCCUGUCAGCGCUGGCCGACGGCACGCUGCUGCCCGCCCUGGUCUUCUUCAAGGGCCAUCUCCCUGGAACCGUGGCGUCCGGCCUGCCGGACUCGGUCCUGCUAGAGGCCCGGCCGGAGGGCUUCACGGAGGCCGAGCGGCUGAAGCUGUGGGUCAGCCGGGUGUGGCGGAAGGGUGUGGCCGCCCGGGGCGGGGCCAAGGCCAUGCUGGUGCUGGACUCUUUCCGCGGCCACACGCUGGACGCCUUCCUGGACGGCCUGAAGGACACCAACACCACACCGGCAGUGGUCCCGAUGGGCUGCUUGGGCCGGCUCCACCCACUGGAGAUGUGCGUGGGGCCGGUGGUCAGGAGCUUUCUGGAGGCUCGCUGGAGCCAGCUGGUGGAUGAGGGCGGAGCUGUGGGGGCCACACCCAGGGACCUGGUGCAGCGGGUGCUGGCCUGGCUGGCAGAGGCCACGGCGCACCUGCGUGGCCAGCAGGAGGCUCUGCGGCGCUCGUUUCGGGCCGCGAGCACCAUCCGGCCAGAGGAGGGCGAUGAAAACCCCGCCAAAACCCAGAAGGAGCUGGUGCGUGCACUCGGGGAGGUCCUGAUGGGGACCAAAUCGGUGAGCCCCGCAGCACGGAAGUGGGAGGCGGUGGUGAAGACCAUGGAGGAGGAUGAUGGGAAACAGGAAGCUGCAGACAAGGAGAACCUCCUCGACAUGUCGGCUGAGAGCGUGGCCACAUCGCCUCGUUCGGUGUCCCUUUCCUCGAACCCCCAGGCGCUGCGGCAGGUGUUCGAGAAAGACAGCGACGUGGAGUCCUUCUACGGCUUCGAGGACUCGGAGAUCCGCAAGGUGCUAGAUCCCUAACGCAGAAACCGAGGACCCAGAAGCAGACAUGGCCACCUCGCAGAAAUGAAGGGGAAGCUUGUCUGUACAAGGAUAGUCUGUCGCAUUGUUGAGGAAAUGUCAUAGUUCAGUCUUCCUCUGUCAGCAGGACUCUGUCCUGGUUUUCUUCCAUUACACAAUGUUCUUGCAAACUUCUGAGCUUUGCAGCCUCACACUACAGGUUUUUUUUUUUGGGGCUCGGUGGCAAAGUGAGGGUAGCUGCUGGGACAGUCCAAUGUUUUAGUGUUUGAAUGUUUGGGGCUAAUGUACGGAUUGAUUCUGUACAAAAAUACUACUGUACUCUGCAUGGAUUUGUUUUUAAAUGGGGAUUUUGUGUUUAUUUUGCAUAACCGUUUGGAAGCUGUUAGUCCUGAUCAGUGGAGUUUUUUAUAAUAAAUGUAGCAAACAAA